CCUGAGCGAGCGCGCCGACUGGCAGUACUCGCAGCGCGAGCUGGACGCCGUCGAGGUCUUCUUCUCGCGCACCGCCCGGGACAACCGGCUCGGCUGCAUGUUCGUGCGCUGCGCGCCCUCCAGCCGCUACACGCUGCUCUUCUCGCACGGCAACGCCGUGGACCUGGGCCAGAUGUGCAGCUUCUACAUCGGCCUCGGCUCGCGCAUCAACUGCAACAUCUUCUCCUACGACUACUCGGGCUACGGCGUCAGCUCGGGCAAGCCCUCCGAGAAGAACCUGUACGCCGACAUCGACGCCGCCUGGCAGGCGCUGCGCACGCGGUACGGCGUGAGUCCCGAGAACAUCAUCUUGUACGGUCAGAGCAUCGGGACCGUCCCCACAGUAGACCUGGCCUCAAGGUAUGAGUGUGCCGCCGUCAUUCUCCACUCGCCUCUGAUGUCGGGCCUGCGCGUGGCUUUCCCGGACACCAGGAAAACGUACUGCUUUGACGCGUUCCCCAGCAUUGACAAGAUCUCUAAAGUCACCUCGCCUGUGCUCGUCAUUCAUGGUACAGAGGACGAGGUCAUCGAUUUCUCCCACGGCCUGGCCAUGUACGAGCGCUGUCCUCGCGCCGUGGAACCCCUGUGGGUGGAGGGGGCCGGGCACAAUGACAUAGAGCUUUACGCACAAUACCUAGAAAGACUAAAACAGUUCAUAUCCCACGAACUGCCGAAUUCCUGAAGGAGACACCGAGAUCUUACCUCACUUACUGUGAACACGCGAGUCCUCUGUUUUGCACAUGCUCCAACUGGAAAGCGGUCGUGGCAUGACCACCGGGAGGAGGUCCCCGCCUCUCGGGUUCCCGGUCACAGGCCCGAGCAAGCCCCCCGUCUUCUGUCCCUCGAGGUCGUUCCACUCCUCACAGCACGCAGUGCCCAACGGUGGUGACACCCAGCGUCAUUGCCUGGUGGGAAUGGGGAUGAGAGCUAGAUGCAGGUGCGGUCAGUUUGCCCCGUGCUGUGUAGACGAUGCUCGCCUCCAUUGCCCAGCCGUACCCACGGGUGACCGUCCAUUCCCACAGGACUCCGCCCUCUGUGUUCUCAGUACUUGAUACACACCUCUCUUUCAGCCUCUGGAUUCGUGGGCUCGGUCCCCUGUGGAGCCGUGACCGUGUAACCGGAACACUAGGGCGGCGAAAAUUCCUUUGUUAAGUUUUGUGACCAUGCCGAUCUCCCCACCCCAACCCCCCAAAAUCAACAGAAGGGUAAUGGACUGAAACUAUCAUGAACAGCUUCAUCAACUGGAACCAAUAUAAAUAUGACUGGGAUAUUCUUAAAAGGAAACUGGGUUUUUUUUAAGUGUAAAUUUAUUACUAGCCAACAGAGUUUUAAUAUUUUGAUUGUCUGGUUGGUGUAACGAGGAGCCUACCCGACUUUCCUUCUGUGAAGUCCUCCUUGUGGGCUUUUUUAAAGUACUGUACAUAUUUGCAAUCCCAUUGUGCAUAAAUUCUUAAUGGUACUUUUCUUUUGUCAGGCUACAAUAAUGAACUGCGGAUCCCUCGUUUGUAAUGUAAAUGAUUGAAUACAUUUUGUUAAUAUGUUUUUAUUCCUAUGUUUUGCUAUUCAGAAAAAUUUUAUAACAUUUCCAAGACAAAAAAAAAUUACGAGUUUAUGCUUUGAAGAAUUUAUGUAAUGAAAAUUUCACUAAAUGGAUCUUUUUAGUUUAAGAGUUCUUUGGGUUUUGACACUGGAGUUGCUCCGAGUAACCAUUGCUACACUACUCAUCUUGGGCGGGGGUCUGGGGUUGGGGGGUUCUUUGGUUUGAUUUGAAUAUUUCUUUUCAAAUUUAAAAGCCUUAAAUGUACUGUAAGCCUCAGACUGUUGUACAGCUGGAUUGCGGUGGAUUGCAAGUUUGUGGGCUGUGCUUUGGUGUGGCACAGCGGUCGGUCAUGGAAUAAAGGAUGCAUGGACCAGAA